UGAUUAUUGUCACGUGAGACAGAAGCAGGAAGUAAAAUGCUGCGCUGAUCAAAUUCAUACGGAACAUUUUAUUUUAAAAACUGUACCUAUAGGAUGCGAAUUUUAACGUCGAAGUAGAGGACAGAAGUGCAGCCAGACAAAUGAGUGUGCGCGCGUUGUGGAUUAUUUCUCACGAGAAGGGAGAACAUGUGUCAAUACGCUUCACAAGGAGGUUUGCUACCGUUGAGCACCGCGCAAAGAGCCUCGCAGGUUCCUCAUACGUAGCAGUCCCAGAAGACCACAGUGUGCUGCAGCUCCUGCUCACUGAGCUCGGACUUUCAGACUCGGACAAGUACUAUGUGGCUCUCAGAGAUGAUUGCCUACAUCGUCAGCGAUCACCAGCCCUGGAGCUGUGUGUUGACGGUCCUGGAAAGGGAAUACUUUGGCCAGUUUUGGCCAUCUCCCGCGGGCCUCUUACCCUGGCCUGCCUGCCCAUAGUGGAUGCCCCCGCAGAGCCGCGGCCUCCCCUUGCCAGCCUGCUGUCUGUCUCCCAGGGCCUAACACUCUUGGCAGGCCUGCAGACUUUUCUCCUUGGCUCUGGGGGAAAGCCUGAUAACGAGGGGCUGGCCUCUCGCUUGGCCAUGCUUCCAUCUUUACUCUUACAGGUCUGUCCACUUGGCACGCCGCUGGACGUGCCCGUUUCGGGGGCACCUGCUGCAUCCGCGGUGCCCACUCCCGCCGGGAGCCAGAAGCAGCCAUUCUGGAAGACGGGGCUCCACCGCGGCCGAGCUGUGGUGAACGUGGCACUCAAAGAAACUGUGCGUUCCAUGCAGUAUGGUAACCGCAGCAGGCCGGACCUGUGGGAUGUUUACGGCACCGUGAUGUGCAAAUGUGAAGUGGAAGGCGUGCUCCCAAAUGUGACCGUGACCCUCACGCUGCCACCAAAUGGUUCGCCACUACAGGACAUCCUGGUCCACCCUUGUGUGACCUCUCUGGAUUCUUGUAUUCUGACUGCCAGCAGUGUGGAUAACUGUGACGGCUCUGCUUUCUCUGGACCGUACAAGUUCCCCUUUUCUCCUCCUCUGGAGCCCUUCAGGCUAUGCAGCUAUACAUCCCAGGUACCGGUUCCCCCUAUCCUCGGCUCUUACCAACUGAGGGAAGAAGAGAACCAGCUGUAUGUGUCCGUGACCCUCAAACUUCACGAGAGUGUGAAGAACAGUUUUGAGUACUGUGAGGCACACAUGCCAUUCUUUAACAGGGAUCAGAUAGGUGUUGUGGAAGUGAAGGUGAGCUCUGGACAAAUGGACGUUUCGAAGGAGAAGAACCUCCUGGUCUGGGGCCUGGGACAAAAGUUCCCUAAAUCUCGUGAGGUCUCGAUGGAGGGCAAGAUCAGCUUUUCCGGGCCGACGGCAGGACCCACGGACCCUAUUUGCACAGAACUUACAGCCUAUAUCAAAUUGUAUUUCAAAGUGCCCGACAUGACGCUCUCUGGGUGCUGUGUUGACCAGCAUUCAGUGCAGGUGUAUUCCUCUGCCAAGUCACGGAUCAUGACGUCUAGAGAACUUCAAUCCAAAGAGUACUUCAUAUGGAAUUCAAGUGGAACUGCUCCGGUAUCGUCUGGGCAGAUGAUGCUGUAGCAUGGACACGUGCUUCAGCAGCUCAGAGGUGCUCUCUUCACUGUGACGUAACAAGACUGAAAACUGUUGAGCAAAUAGUUAACAGUGAAACAUGUAACUGUUCUGUGGUCACUGCCGAGCUAAACUAUUAAAAAAACAUUUAGAUAAGUCAAUGAUUAGUAGAUAUUAUAAUAAUCUCAUCAUUUUUGCGUUGACUGGCAGAAGUAUUCAUUUUGUUGAUGGAGGGAUAAAAAAAAAAAAGCCAAAACAACAACCUGUUCCUGUAGUCCCCAACUUUUAUCCCACAACCUUCACCCUCCCUUUCAAUUCAUCCCGUUGCAAACACAAGGGCCACCCCUCGCUCCGACAGUCCCACUUCAGUGACCCUCUAUCAGCCGGAUAAUUAGCAGCUGGGGUCUUGUCAUCAGCUGUUGUGGGCCUGGAUGAGAGGGGCGGCUGGGCUGUGAAAGGCCUGUCUGCUCUGGCCAGUGUCUUGGCUACAAAAGACUCCUCUUUUAGAGCUGGCAGGAGUCCAUGCCUCCCCCCCCCCACUCCCCCUUUUGACUCCUUCCCCGCCCUGUCAACUAGUGGCUGGUUCAAACACUCAACCCCUCCAGCCAGACUGUGAUUGAGCGCUGACCUUCUGGCCCUCUGAGACUUGAAAGCAGCCGGCCCCAUUCAGAGAGAAGGGCCGGGCCUAAUUGGUGAAAAAGUCACAAGAAUGGAAAUUGAUUGGGGCACCUCUGCAAUCAUGCUUAAUAGUUCAUUUUAGAACUUUAUGCCAUUAUAGAUCCAAAUAAAAUACAGUACAGAGAUGGUAUUUAAAUAAGAGCACGUAGUUCAAGACGUUUCUCGCUGUUUAUAUUUCUUGGAACGACGAUGGAUUCCAUGAAGCUCGGUUACGUUUCUCCUGUGAAAGCUGCGCCUCCCGCUGCGUUUAGGUAAAUAAACAGCCGCCCGAUGACGGGUUAAAUCAAACGGAGGUUGUGCCCCCGCUAUUCCGCAGCAGCCAGACUCCUCUGAGGGCCCUCAUUGUCCGCUGUUGGCCCCUCGUGCCCCUCGCUGCUCCAAAUGCUACAUUCUCACGUGGAUUUCCACUCAGAAGGCUGACCGUGACCAAUCCUCUGUCAAUUGGAACCAAUUGCUCACACGGCAUCCUUCACCUUCUUUUUAUGUAGCGGCACGGAGUGGCAGACACAGAGACCGCUCGGCUCCCCCACCCCCCCCACACCAUGAUUUGGCUUUAAAGCCCAGUUGUGUUUGGCUAGCGAACUGGAAAAGGAGACAGUUUUUUUUUUUUUCAAGAGUUGGGGCACUCUAAAUCUCCUCAGUUAGACCCCAAUAUGUGGUCAGUCUGGCCCCUCCAGUCUGCAGUCAGCAGCCUCUCACGGGCCGACUUUGCUUUGUUGAUUGAAAGGCUCGCUAAGUAGUACUCGUUUUAAUGUGUUGUUCUGCUCCAGUGCCUUCAGCUCUUACCUUUUUGGGGUCUUUUGUUUAGGUCUUUUGGUUUACUUUCAUCCUUGUUUACUCUUACACACACACACACACACACACACACACACACACACACACAUUUACAACCAAGGGAUGCAAAAUAAUGAUUGAAAUAACCCGGUCCAAACUACAUUAGUAAAAAAUCACGUUAUUAUGUCGCAAUGUUGUAAAGCCUUAAAUACUCCAAAAUGACCUUUCAUUCCAAAAUAUUUACUUUAUUACCGUUAUCCACUUAAGUGUGUGACCUUAGUUCUCUAUGCCCCUUGACCCUAUAAUGACACCCAGUGGUAGAAUACAAUAAAGUUACAUUCAAACCCUUCUUUUACACACUUUAAUGCUCAUUUCAUUCACUGAAAUAAUUCUGUUCAACCAUUACCAGACAAUCUUUGCAUGUUUAAUUCCCCCAUGUCCCCUUCUGUGUGAUGAGGUCCCAGCAAUGCUCAGCUCACGCAUUGUGCCUCAGGACCAGACUUUUGUUGGCCAUUGUGUCCCCAGGUGUUUGAUUUGGAGUCCAGUUCUUCUCCGUAUCUGGAACCCCUUUAAAAGCCGGCCUCAGGGAGCUUGCUUGCAGUACAAUGGUGCAAUUAUCGGUUUCUUGUUUUCUGACUAAUUAUUGUUCGAGAGCUACAUCUUCACACAUAAUGGGAUGUCGUUAUACUGAGGGAUUCUUUUUGUUUUUAUUUCUAUACCAAAUGCUUAGUAAUAAGGCUGAAGCUUCAAAGCUGAUAUGAAUCGCAACUCUUUGAACUAAAUUCAUAAUGUAUUUUCUGAUGUUUGCUAUCAAUACUCUAGUGCGGCUAAAUGAGCUUCAGACUCACUGGCUCGACGGCAAGUGUCCUUUCUGCUCCCACCCAUAGAGGGCGUCAUACACUCAGACAUGGAGGAGGUAUCCACAUCGAGAGGUUUAUUCAAAUUGCAAGAUGGUUUACUCGUUGUCCUUAUUUUAGUGUUUUGUCUGAAUAACGUCUUUUCUUGGACCAAGACCGUGAUCUGAUCCCCAGGGCACACCAGCUGUUUGCUUUGCUGGUUGGACUGUCUCUCUUCAACGGGUUGAGGCAGAACUUUUGAGGUCCAAACUUUCUUCUUUGGUGUCAUCCCAGAAGAUGUCCCUCAUGUGGUCCUUUCCCCCAAGUUCCC